AAGUGCACAAGAUCUGCUGACCCUUAUUCCCUCCCUUUCUUCCUUUUUAUCUCGUUCCUCUCUCCUGCUUCUCGCAUUUCUCUUCCGGCCACCGCACGCUGCCCCUCCGAUCCACCUUCCUUCGACGCCGCCCUCCUCAAUAUCACUUCACUGGAGAAGUCUCGCGGUGAUUUUGCGCGGUCUGCUACCUCAACGCCGCGUUAAAACCACCGUUUCGACGCUGCUAAUUUAAGCGAGUUUUUGGGGCGAUCUUGUUCAGAUUUUAGGUGGUGGUGAAAAGAAAUUUGUGCUUUCAAGCCAUUUAGAUUUUCCUACAGAGUCGUCAGAUGGAUAGGAAGUAUAGCCGAGAGUCGUCAGAUGAGGAUGAAGUGAAAGGGAACAGGAGAACAAGCAGAGACAAUGACAGGCAAGAUAGAGACAAAAGACAUCAGGACAAAAAUUUGCACAGAGAAGUAGAGAGAGGAGACAAGAAAAAAUCGUAUGAAAGUUUUGAUGAAGGUGAACAGAGAACUGAGAGAAACAAAAGUAGACAUGAUAGAGACAGAAGACAUCAUGAUGAAAAACGCCAUAGUAGAGGACAAGAGAGAGAAAACCGAAAAGAAUCAUAUCAAAGUUCUGAUGAAGAUGAGAGGAAGAAUAGGAGGCAUGACCGUAGACAGCGUGAAACUGAGAAUGAAAAUAAAAAUUAUGAUCGCCGUUUGGAUCAUGAUUCAAAAGAUGAGCGUGACAAGGAGUUGCUUAGAAAAUCAGAUCAUCGGAGGAACCGGACUGACAGUGAUAGGGAGAGAAGACAUUCAAAACAUGAUUACAAGCAUAACAAUUUUCAAGAUCAACGAGAUAAGGAGGCAAGUGGACGGAGAGAGGAUAGAAGAAACAUUGGGGAGAAAGAAAAGGUGGGUACAGGGACUAUUGACCAUCUACAGCCUCAUAGACAGGAAAAACAGACUGAAAACAAUUUGAAUCCUGAUUCUUCAAAUUUGGGAAAGAGUGGGGGUGUUUACAUCCCACCAUUUAAGUUGGCUAGAAUGAUGAAGGAGGUCCAAGAUAAGAGCAGCAUUGAGUAUCAACGUUUGACAUGGGAUGCACUCCGAAAAAGUAUUAAUGGGCUUGUGAACAAGGUGAAUGCUACUAAUAUAAAGAAUAUCAUUCCAGAGUUAUUUGCAGAGAACUUGAUCAGGGGUAGGGGUCUAUUUUGCCGUUCAUGUAUGAAGUCACAAAUGGCAUCUCCAGGGUUUACCGAUGUAUUUGCUGCACUUGUUGCUGUUGUCAAUACUAAGUUUCCAGAAGUGGGUGAUCUUCUAUUGAGAAGAAUUGUUUUGCAGCUGAAAAGAGCAUAUAAACGGAAUGACAAGCCUCAACUACUUGCUGCUGUGAAAUUUAUAGCACAUUUGGUUAAUCAGCAAGUGGCUCAUGAAAUAAUUGCAUUAGAAUUACUCACUGUGUUGCUGGAGAAUCCUACAGAUGACAGCGUGGAGGUGGCCGUCGGUUUUGUAACUGAAUGUGGAUCAAUACUCAAGGAUCUUUCUCCUAAGGGGCUUCAUGGAAUAUUUGAGCGUUUUCGUGGAAUUCUUCAUGAAGGAGAAAUAGACAAAAGGGUUCAGUUUCUGAUUGAAGGCCUAUUUGCGAUAAGGAAAGCAAAGUUUGAGGGCUAUCCAGCUGUUCGUCCAGAACUCGACCUCGUAGAGCAAGAAGAUCAGUUAACUCAUGAAAUCUCCUUGCAAGAAGAGAUAGAUCCCGAGAUUACUCUUGAUAUCUUCAAGUCUGAUCCAAAUUUCCUCGAAAACGAGAAGCGUUAUGAGGAUUUAAAGAAAAAUAUACUUGGUGAGGAAUCCGAGGAUGAAGAAGACAGAUCUGAUGCUGGAUCAGAUGAAUCGGAAGAUGAGGACGAAGAAGAUGAAUCAGAAGAAGAAGAUGAAGAGCAGAUGCAAAUAAAUGACGAAACUGAAACCAACCUUGUGAACCUAAGAAGGACAAUUUAUCUGACAAUUAUGUCCAGUGUAGAUUUUGAAGAGGCAGGGCAUAAGCUUCUAAAAAUUAAACUCGAGCCUGGUCAAGAAAUUGAGUUAUGCGUCAUGUUAUUGGAAUGUUGCAGUCAGGAGAGAACUUAUCUUCGAUAUUAUGGUCUGUUGGGGCAAAGAUUUUGCAAGAUCAACAAAGUGUAUCAGGAGAAUUUUGAUAAAUGCUUUGUCCAGCAGUAUUCGAUGAUUCAUAGGCUUGAAACCAAUAAGUUAAGAAACGUGGCCAAAUUUUUCGCCCACUUACUCGGCACUGAUGCUCUCCCAUGGCAUGUUUUGUCAUACAUCCGCCUGACUGAAGAAGACACCACAUCUUCAUCAAGGAUUUUUAUUAAAAUCCUCUUCCAGGAAUUAUCAGAACAUUUGGGAAUUCGACUGUUAAAUGAACGUCUCACCGACCCGACAAUGCAAGAUUCGUUUGAAUCUAUAUUCCCAAGGGAUAACCCGAAGAACACAAGAUUUUCCAUCAACUUCUUCACCUCUAUUGGGCUCGGUGGUCUAACUGAGAAUUUGCGAGAAUAUUUAAAAAAUAUGCCACGGCUAAUCAUGCAACAGCAAAAACCGGUAUCGGAUUCCGAUGAGGAAUCUCAAAGCUCAGAUUCUUCGGAUUCAGACUCUAGUUCUUCAGAGUCAAAAUCAGAUUCAGAAGAUAGUGAAAUCGAAGAUAGAAGACGUGAAAAAAAGAGAAGAAAAACUCGAAGGUGAUAUCAGUAUGUUUGUAUAUUUUCUCUAUUCACUCCAAGAUGAUUUAUCUUCCUGCUUCUCCUAGGCAUCGUGUUGUGUUGUGUAAUAACUUUGUUUGAUUGUUUAUAUGGAAAUUUUGGCCCUUUUCAUCCCCUAAAAUGAUUAGAUUAAUCUGAAGAUGUUUGGAUUAUUUUUACUUCCCAAAUUUGAAUACAAUCAAUGAUAAGAAAAGAUGAGAUUCCCAUUGUUUAA